AUGCCACGAUACUAUUGCGAUUAUUGCGACACGUACUUAACUCACGACUCGCCAUCUGUGAGGAAGCAACACAAUGCGGGUUACAAGCACAAGGCCAACGUGCGUACGUACUACCAGCAGUACGAGGAGGAGCAAACGCAGUCCCUCAUAGACCAGCGCAUCCGAGACCACCUCGGCUCCGUCCCCAUCGGUUCCGGCCUUCCCAUCGGCGCCGCAGCCGCAGCAGCAGCAGCCGGCGGCGCUGCCGCCCCCGGAGGGUUUCCCCAGCAGCUGCUGCGGCCAGGCAUGCCCCCCAUGGGCCUGCCUGGCAUGCCGGGGAUGCCUGGCAUGCCGUUUGGUAUGCCGGGGGGUGCUGGGCGGGGGGCGGUGCUGCCGCUGCCGGGGCAGUUCUUUGGCGCGCCGGGUAUGCGGCCGCCCAUGGGUGGUAUGGUGCUCAUGCGGCCCUCAAGAUGA